AUGCCUUCUUUCAAUGCUCUUCUCACUGCCUCUUUGGCCUUUGCCUCCAUUGCCCUCGGCACCCCUGUUGUCCAGGAUAAGCACUUCUCUAUUGAACAAGUGAAAAACCCCAAGUUCAUUAAGAGCGGUCCUCUAGCCCUUGCCCACGUCUACUCCAAGUACGGCGUUCCUCUCCCUAAGGGUCUUGAGAAAGCUGUCAAGGCCAUCGAGUCUUCUCACUCGAAGCGUCAGAGCGGCCGUGGUUCAGCCUUCACUAUACUCUCUGAUAAUGGUGCGGAGUGGUUGACUCCUGUCCAGAUCGGCACACCUGCCCAGACUCUCAACCUGGUCUUUGACACUGGUUCUUCUGACCUUUGGGUCUUCAGCACUGAGACUACUAGUAACAGUGGACAUCACGAGUACAACCCUGCCAAGAGCAGCACUGCCAAGAGGCUCGCUGGUGCUACUUGGUCUGUCGAAUAUGUCGACGGAAAUACUUCAUCUGGAGACGUUUACAAGGAUAAUGUCUCCGUCGGUGGCCUCGCUGUCGCCUCGCAAGCCGUCGAGUCUGCCCAGCGUGUCUCUCAUAAUUUUGAGCAGAUGGCCGGUGUCGAUGGCCUCCUAGGUCUUGGUUUCAGUUCCUCAAACACUGUAAGACCUACCAAACAGAAGACGUUCUUCGACAAUGCCAUCACCACUCUCCAGUCAUCUGUGUUCACCGCCGACUUGAAGCACCAGAAACCCGGAACCUACAACUUUGGCUACAUUGAUAAUUCUGCUUACACUGGGAGAAUUGGCUACGCUCCCAUUCCUUCCUCUGUCGGCAUGUGGGCGUUCAGUUGCUCCGGAUACGCCAUCGGCUCAGCUGCUCUCAACGAGAGGCACAUCAUCGGCAUUGCUGACACUGGUACUACCCUGCUUUACCUCCCUAACGCUGUCACCUCGGCUUACUACACCAAGGUCAGCAGUGCUCGAUACGUCUCGUCUUAUGGUAUAUACGUCUUCAGCUGCUCUGCUACUCUUCCCAAUUUCAGCUUCGCUGUUGGUGGUGUGACCAUCACUAUCCCUGGCUCUUACAUUAACUUCGCUCCUUUAGAGCAGGGCUUGUGCAUCGGUGGUAUCCAGCCCGAUGACGACAUUGGCAUCAGCAUCUUUGGCGGGAUCGCACUGAAGGCUGCUUUUGUUGUCUUUGACAGCGGUAAUAAGCAGAUUGGCUGGGCCAAGAAGACUCUGUAA